AUGCCUACUACCCCUGCUGCUUGGAGACAGGCCUCUUUGGCCUGUUCUAGGCGCUUAUCGUCCUACGGCACCUUGAAUGCCCCUCGCCGCGUCCUCGCCACCGGUUUCCGCGGAGCUCGUUCUUAUGUCACCGAGACCAAGGCUGGCCAUGCCCAGGUCAACAUCGAAACUGCUAUCAAGGAGGAGCAGAAGUCUUUCAUGAAGAAGGCCAGCGUUGCUCCGGGCAGCGUUACUUUGCCUAGUUCCGGGGUCUCGGGCGACGCCGCCAUGAGCCCUUCUGCUGGUAUCCUCAAGCAGGCUACUGUCAUGGACCAGGGCACUCGUCCCAUCUACCUUGAUAUGCAGGCGACUACCCCCCUCGACCCCCGCGUUCUCGACGUCAUGCUCCCCUAUCUUACCGGCAUCUACGGAAACCCGCACUCGCGGACACACGCCUACGGCUGGGAGUCCGAGAAGGCCGUUGAGGAGGCCCGUGAGCACAUCGCCAAGUUGAUUGGAGCCGACCCCAAGGAGAUCAUCUUCACCAGUGGUGCGACCGAGAGUAACAACAUGAGUUUGAAGGGUGUGGCGCGAUUCUUUGGCCGCUCCGGCAAGAAGAAGCAUAUUAUCACCACCCAGACCGAGCACAAGUGUGUCCUUGACAGCUGCCGGCAUUUGCAGGAUGAGGGCUUCGAGGUUACCUACUUGCCCGUCCAGUCGAAUGGUCUCAUUCGUAUGGAGGAUCUUGAGGCUGCUAUGCGCCCCGAGACCUGCAUCGUCAGUGUCAUGGCUGUCAACAACGAAAUUGGUGUGAUCCAGCCCUUGGAUGAGAUUGGUCGUCUCUGCCGCUCCAAGAAGAUCUUCUUCCACACCGACGGUGCCCAGGCCGUCGGUAAGAUUCCGCUUGAUGUCAACAAAUCGAACAUUGACUUGAUGUCCAUUUCCAGCCACAAGAUCUACGGUCCCAAGGGUAUUGGUGCUUGCUACGUUCGUCGUCGCCCUCGUGUUCGUCUCGAUCCCCUCAUCACUGGCGGUGGCCAGGAGCGUGGUCUGCGCAGUGGUACCCUGGCCCCGCAUCUGAUUGUGGGAUUCGGUGAGGCCUGCCGCCUCGCCCUUCAGGAUAUGGAGUACGACACAAAGCACAUUGAGCGUCUUUCAAAGCGUCUCAGCGAUGGUUUGCUCUCCAUGGAGCACACCACCCUGAACGGUGACCCUAAGGCCCACUACCCCGGCUGUGUGAACAUCUCCUUCGCCUACGUUGAGGGUGAGUCCCUCCUGAUGGCGCUCAAAGAUAUCGCUCUUUCCUCCGGAAGUGCCUGUACCUCCGCCUCGCUGGAGCCCAGCUACGUCCUGCGUGCCCUGGGUAGCAGUGACGAGAGUGCUCACAGCAGUAUCCGCUUUGGUAUCGGCCGUUUCACCUCCGAUGCCGAGAUGGACUACGUUCUCAAGGCCGUGCGUGAACGUGUACACUUCCUGCGUGAGCUGAGCCCGCUCUGGGAGUUGGUCCAGGAGGGUAUCGACUUGAACACGAUUGAGUGGAGCCAGCACUGA